CCUGGAAUUUUCCCCACACGCACACAGCAGUGUCUAGAGUUUAAACAGAAUGGUGCGAAAAGCAAAAAAAAAAACACUGAGUGGGUGGAAACGCCUUGUUGAUAGGAGAGGUCAGAGGAAAAUGGCCAGAUUGGUUUGUACUACCAGGAAUGAUGUAGUAACUCAAAUAAUCGCUCUUUAGUGAGCAGGAAAGCAUCUCAGCAUGCAAUGAACUUUGAGGUGGAUGAGUUACAACAGCAGAAGACCACAUCAGGUUCCACUCCUUUCAGCCAAGAACAGGAAUCUGAGACUAUCAUGGGUACAGACUCACCCAAACUGGACAGUCUUCAACUGUCCCUUCCUUCCUUCCUUCCAUCCUUCCCUCCUUCUUAUCUAUCUAUCUUAUCUGUCUAUCUGUCUGUCUAUCUAUCUCCUUACAUAAGUGUCUAUUUAUCAAAUUAUUAAUAUAAAAGCGGGUGAAGAGGCCAAAUUGGUACAAAUACUACUAUUCAUUUAAACUGUAAAUCUAAUGUACAAUACAAAUUAUUAAACUACAUAUUUGAAUUGAAAUUUAAUCGGAAGCGGAACGUUAUGGCGCAGGAACUGAAGUCACAGAUUCCGCUUUACUCCGGACACUUUUUACCGUCGCACCACAAACACGGAAGUUGUGAGUUACAGCCGCAGAAGCCCAAAUAUCUCCUCAUUCACUCCAUUAGCGCACUACACUGGAGUUAGAUAGAAGACCUUCUGCGCACUACGUAGCGCACUAUAUGACUCGGGGAGGGAUUUGUGAUCAAACCGCCACACAACCCAAACACGUUGAGUUUGAACAGCACGCUAGAGUAGUGUGCACGGGCGUUUUAUAGCUGCUGCUUCAUUUAUUAUAAACAAACAAUGGUGGGGAAAAUAAAGCGGGUGCGACAGAAACUUCACCACGACGCCGUGAAGAUAAACACCGCGGAGGAAAAAACUUCAUCAUGUCUGGAAAAGGCCCCCGCUUUACCUUUAAACAUCACCACAAAAACAGAGACGCGAAUAAAAUCGGCUGAUAAAAACCCCAGAGACGUGAAGGCGUUAAACUUCCCCAAGGGGGUUUUCGCUGGUACUGUGAUUCCUCCUGAAGCUCUGGUUCAGACUCUCAGUGUUUCCGAGCUUCCAGCAAAACCAACUGCCGAACCAUCUGAGGAAAAGCCCAGAGGUGUCGGGGAAAAGAAGCAGCAGUCGAAGAAGGAGAAGAUGAAGGAGAGACGAGAGCGAUGGCUGAACAAGAUCAGCGCCAUUAAACUGGCCCGUGAGAAUCGGACGGAGCUCGCACGCCGCAAGGCCACGCCCGUCGUCGGGGAUAUGAGGGUAUUGGCUGACGCACUUCCUGAGAUCCUCCCUUGCAUCAGAGCGCCCACGUCCAAGAAACAGAAAGGUACGGUGAAGAAGAAAGCAGAACCUACAGAUUACUGUAAGAUGAAGCCUGCGCAGAAACGCAAACUGCUUGAGAUGGAAAUGUCCCGCUUCAGUGAGGCCAUGAAAGACACCGCCUUCAAGUCCAACCCGCUCGCUGCGAUUGGUGAACACUUGAGGAAACGGCUCAAACAGGAAGAAGAGCAGAGUUAAUUCCGCCCGCUUUCUCCUAACGGACUCCUCCAUGAUCACACACACCGACACGCUCCAUGACCUGACUGCCGCUGUGUCUCUGCCCUCUCCGUGUGUGUGUGUGUGUGUGUGUGUGUGUGCGUGCGCGUUAGUGCGUAAGUAAUGUAUAGCCCUGUCUCUGCCAACUCUUUCAUUAUUACUCCCAGUGCUCAAGUUCAGAACCUCGAGAUGUUCCUCAUCGGCGCUGACUGUUCCACCGUGAGAAGAUGAUUAUGAACUCUGCAGUUCUGCAAAAAAAAAAUACAGAUGAUUGCAGUAUUAAAGGAAUAGUUCAUAAAAUCACUUCCCAGGUGUUCAUAUUAAAGAUGUCUUUGUGAAUCAAAGCAGGAAUCUCAGGAGUGAAGGGGAUCAGCGGUGACUGAUGAAUCGCUCCGACGCCCCGUCAGGCUCCUGAUAGACUAAUGUGAUCAAUACAGUGCAGAGACUGAGAGAGAGAGGCCAUUAGCUUUCAUUAAUAAACCAUCAGAUAGAGACGUGUUGGCAGAGCAACAAAAGCUCGGCAGCAUCGUGGUCGCAAACGCCCGGUUAGAAACCCAUCUCCAGCCUUAGCACUUAGUCCACGGUCUGACUGAGUGUUCAGUAUUCUCUGUGUUCACAAUCACAAAUUUAACACAGUGUAGGUCUGAUAACAGAGAAGAACGAGCACAAGGCUGACCUCGGAUCAGCAGGAAUGAGCUGCUUUAUUUUAUUCAAAUCAAAACGUGAUUUAAAUGAUUUUUAGUUUCAGAGUCGGAAGCCAAAAUAUAGGUUUUAUGCAAGGAGUAAAUAAACUGUGUAGUUUUAUAUUGUAUGCUACGCUAUAGUAUAUAAUAAUUAAGUAAUAAAACAGUACGUGUGGUGCUGUUCAAGGAAAACAAUCAACGAUGGGGUGGUGUAACCAUUCUGUCACCACUCUGAAGUUGAUUAUUUCCCUAUAACAGCACCUCCCAUAAGUGUUUUAUUCCACUUAUGCAACACUGACUUUCCAACUAUUUUUAUUUAUUAAAGAAUGUCCUGGAACUUUUUAUCCAUUUAUAUU